AUGAGUUUUUUUUUAGAGGUCGUCGAAAAUGCAAUCGAGAAAAACUUCUUCUUGAUAAAUUUCAUAAAGAGUGAUGGUAUUAACAAUCACACUGACAACUUUGGCAAUAUAGUUGACGGACCAUGGGUUUUUAAAAUGACAGAGCAGGGUUUAAGAAAAGUUAAGAUGUUUCUUGUAGAGAAACGAGACAGGGAUAUUUUCUUAUUAAUAUUACUUGAACAUGUGAAACGCAAAGUUUUUUCUGUCUUAGAUGGGUGGAAAGCAUACUAUGGUCUAAACUCUUAUUUUUAUGACCAUAAUGUGGUAAACUAUAGUAAUAAUUUGAUAGAUUAA